GGUCUGAAAAUCUACGGAGAGGUUUGGAAGUUUGAGUAUGGGAAAGUAUGACAUUUUAAAAUGGAAAAUGGGUAGGAACCCUGAAUAAUUCCUAUGGACUCUCCAUCUCUCCCAGAACCAGGUGUCUCCUUUCCUCCAGGAGGUCUUCAUGCCUCUAGUGAUGGCCAUAUUCGAGGUGUUGUCUCAUCCAGCUGAGGAGAACGACCAGACGGCUGCUUUAGAGAAGCAGAUGUUGAGAAGAAGCUACUUCAGUUUCAUUCAGACCAUCGCCAGCAGUGGCAUGAACGAGGUCAUGGCCAGUCAGGGAGUUGAGAAUAUCGAGCGUGUGCUGUUCACCAUCAUCCAGGGAGCUGUGGAUUUCCCAGACCCUGUCGCCCAGAAAACCUGCUUCAUUAUCCUGUCCAGACUGGUGGAACUCUGGGGUACGAAAACACUUUCAAGCACAGCAGAUUCA